CCCUUCACGUCGCUCAGGGGCCAUACUUGAAUCUAUCUCUCUCACUCCUUUACUGUUUACCAAAUCACAGCUGUCGAAUGUUUUGAGUGUCUUGUGUUUUGUUUGUGGUGUCCAGUGCUGUCAGAAAAAUACUAAAAAUGAGCUUUUUAAGUGAUAAACAGAAGUGUUCAGUUUUAAGCUGUCCAUCAACUCGACGGGAAAAGUAUCAUCAGUAUCCGAAAUGUGAAAGAAUCGGUUGUAAGUGGGUCAGAGCUACCGCUAAUCCAGAGUUACAGAAACUAACCUAUAAAGAAGUUUUAGAGAAGCGGUUUGUAAUUUGUUUCCACUAUUUUUGGACUGAGGACUAUCGCUUUAGCACGAAGGUAAAAAAACUGAAGGAGGGGGCAGUACCUUCAUUGUUAUUACCAGAAACCCCACAAAAUAAACCUGCUAAUGAAAAAAUUGAUGUCGAAGAAGAAAAUCUUUCACCUCAUGCAUCACUGAACAGGAGUCCGUUUAAAGAAAAGUUCUCUCCUAUCACUUUUCGUCAUUGGAUUUCCAAGUCACCAGGAAGUGUUAGUUUAAGGGAAAGUUCUCUUGUUCGAUGUGCUGAGUAUAGUGAUUCUAGUGUUCCGUCAACGUCAAAGUUACUCAGUUCUUGUGUACAUUCUGAGAAUGCAGCUGUAGAUGUGAGUUUAGAUAUUCCAGAAAUCGGUGAAAGCAGCAAGGAAGGCGAAAAUCUACAAGAAUCUACAGGACCAUUGACUGAUGAGGCUAUAAAUGCCAAUGUGCCUACUGAAUCAGUAGAAAUUCCAAGGCUAAAAUCGAGGGCUUGUAAACGUCUAGUGUGGAAGAAACGUGAUUUAGAUGAAAAUACGCGAGAAAUGUACGAGCAUGUUUUAGAAGCUAGAAGAGAGCGCGACAGUUACAGAAAAAGAAGUCUACGCAUAAAGGAGAGAAGGUUUGCCUCGUGGGAUCACAUUGUCACUGCCUAUGAAAUCGACGUCUACUCAGACUUUCUGGAGAGAAAUGUCCCAGAUUUGACAGAACAGCACGUCUACAUAGACAAAAUUAAAAAAAUAAGGGUAAAACUGAUGAUGCAAGUCUUCAGCCGUAAACUGUUUCGUUUUGUCGAUCUCCUAGCGAAAGCAGGAACAAUUAACACCAAAAUUGGACCUCUGACGGUGCCACCUUCGGGGAGCAACACAGCCUUCGUCCUUCAGUUGAUGAACGCACUCGGAGACGGGAUGAACGGUGUUAGUUCCGGAGACAAUCACCCAAAGCGAAUUCCGUGGCCUAAAGGAUCCUACCACAGUGAAUUCUUCAAGAACGCAAGGCGACAAUUGAAGAGCAUGCGGUUUGUUCAUCGUGAAACUCGAAAGCCAAUUAGAACGGAUAUUCCUUGUUUGCAAAAUCUAAUAGAUACUUUGCAAGGGUUCCAGUUACUCUGGAAAAAAUUACAAUCUCUGGGCUUCAAAAGUUUUUAUACAAGGAAUAUCAAUCAGGAUCCCCUGGAGAAUUUUUUUGGUCAGAUCAAGGCACACGAUUUCAGGUCGAAGAAACCGACAUGCUAUCAAUUCGAGGAUAUUUUCAAAUCUCUCUUAAUAACUAGUCUAACAUCCAAGCACUCGCCAGGUUUUAAUUGCGAAGAAGACAGCGGGGAGUUUAUCCUCUCUGAUUGUAAAAGUUUGCUUUCAGGAACGCAAUAUUUACCGAAUGAGAUGGAUGACGAGGAAUUCGUUUUGGAGGAUGAGAGCAAUGAUUUAGAUGAAGGUGACGAGCAGCGUGGCAUUCCAAAAAAUAUUAAUGUGCACAGUCACUCUGGUGACUUAAUUAAAGCGUUGCAAAGCCGUUUGCCUUCAGUUAAAUCAUGCCCUGAGUGUGUAAGUGCAUUUCAAAAAGAGUCCUCCUUGAGAAAUAAAGGAACUGCUUUUCGGGACAUGCACUUACAGGCCAAACGUAUUCUGAGUCGAAUUUUCACCAGUAACAUCUCACAAAUUAAGUUGGGACGUACAUCUGAAAGCAUACUUCAGAGGAGGAUGAACUUCAAUUUCUUCACAUGCAAUAACCACAAAAAAGAAAUUUUUUCAAUGUUUAAACUUAUUUGCGUUCGAAUGUCAGCCCAAGCAAUUCUAACCCAUAUUAACAGGGUUUUGAAAGGGCGUAUUCUGCCCAAAAAUCCUAAGAGAUUGUGUUUGCCGGUCAAACUUGCCUAUAAUUGUUUCUUAAAAACAAUUCGGAAGGAUAAGAGACCUUCGAACACAAUUGAUCUGGAAAAAGUUGGGACUAAACAGACUUUACAAACGAAAAAAGUUCAAUGCGUCGCGAAAAAGUGCAAAAGAAAUGUAACGGAAGUUCCGAACCAAUCCCAAACAGAAAAACUUGGGAGAGAAGUUGCAAUCCACAUUCCUGAAGUUGAAUCGGGUGUAGCGGAAGGAGAAAUCGACUUCAGCAAUGUGGAAUUCAUUUUCUUGGAAGACGAAUAAUCCAACCAAGCCGUUGUUGAAAAUCUUGUUUAAAAUUUUAGUAAUUGUUUCCUCUAGUGUUAAAAAAACUCUAAAACGAUUUUCGAAAAAUUCAAAAAAC